AUUUUUAACUUAACCUAGAAUUUAUUUUAAUACAGUUAUAAGUUUGCUGCAUUCUUAAGUCAGUUUGAAUGUUAAUAGUGAGUUAAAAUAUAAAAGGUUUUGAUAUCCCUAGAGCACACAUUUUCUCUAGGCAGCUAUUUCUAGUGCUAAUUAGUGCCAAAAAGAAUAUCGUAAAACAUGUCCAUUAUCAAUAAUAAAGGGUCCUCAGCUGAAUUUGAUGCUAAAUAUGGCAUUUUGGAUUUCGAUACGCCCCCGCAUUCUUUAAUGUGUGGCCUUUAUAAAAGAAGCUUCGCGUACUACACUUUGCGCUCUCGACUACCAGUAACGAUUACUGGCAUAAUUGACGCUUUAACUAGAGAUAAGGAAUAUUUGGUGUCAGAGUAUGGUGAGGAGUCUCGAGAAGAAAUAAAAAAUAUUAUUGGUUUAAUUUCGAAAUUGAAAUAUCAACUGCAAACUGACAAAGCGCUGGAAACUUUUGUUGGAAAAGAACCCGAUAAAGAGGCUUGGAAUCAUUUCAUCGAAAAUCUCUGUGAAGGAAAAAUUAGCUUUUUUAAGGUUUGUUGGCUAUACGCCGAGUGUUAUAUAUAUCGUCGCUUGUCUUCGUUUUUCGAAAAUUCUAAUACACUAACCACGUUUGAUCAUUUUGCUAAACAAAAACAAAAUGCUCUUGUUAAUUCCAUUAAAUGCAUUGAAGUAAUACUUAAUGUUCUCCAAGAAAUUGAAAGUACCUACGAUUCUUUUCGCUUAAUGCUAAAGCUCAAUUUGUGGGGAAAUCGCUGUGACCUGUCUAUCACAUCCGGUAAAGACGUUCAACUUGGAGACAAUCCCUUUGAGCUUGUGCGUAGUUUUGACAAUAAAGUUAUCAUUGAUGCUUCAAGCUCAGUUAUUGAGUGCCUGGAAUCGGUAAAUACAAAUGAACCAGCUAUUGUGGAAUUCGUUUGUGAUAAUGCUGGUUAUGAGCUUUUUACCGAUUUCGUGCUUGCCGACUACCUGAUUAAAAGUAAAAUGGCGGAUAAAGUUCGUUUUAAUUUGAAGGCCAUCCCUUGGUUCAUUUCUGAUGCUACAAUCGACGAUUUUAACUGGACCCUACAAUAUUUACAAAAUCACACUGCACAUGUUUUACAAGAAUAUGGUAGAAAGUGGCAAAAAUUUGUGAAUGAAAAAAAAUUUGAAAUAGCACCCCUGGACUAUUUUUGGACAAGUCCUUAUGAAUACUAUAGAAUGCGCGAUAUCAAUCCAGGCUUAUAUGAUAGACUUUCAGAAGCCAAUCUUAUUAUUUUUAAGGGAGAUCUCAACUACCGUAAGUUAAUAGGCGAUUUCUCCUGGAAAUAUACUGAGUCGUUUACAACAUGUCUCAGGGGUUUUUUACCAACUAAUCUUGCUAGCUUUCGAACUGUGAAGGCAGAUUUGAUUUGUGGCCUUUUUGAGGGACAAGCCGAAAACUUAUUUAAAACCAAUAAAGAUUGGAUGACAACUGGCGAGUAUGGUACCAUACAGUUUAUAAAUAAACAAACUGCAUCUACCGACGAUAACCAUUAAUUUACAAGACCGACUGUUUCGCAAUUUAAUUUACCUUAGGAAUAAUAUAAACAAGAUAUACAUAUACAUAUUUCAUGACAUAAUUAAGGGUCUCAUAAAACUUUAUGUACUCGACAUUGAAAUGAAAUUCUAGUCUAUUGUAGUAAUAUUACUUCAAAAACUUAUCAGACUUAUAGUACGUGUUAAAAAUUUUUCACUUCACUAACAAAAAAAAAUUGUGAAAUUUUAUGUUAUUAAAAUCGCUUGUUUGUUAUCGUUAAA